GCCAGUUGUUUAUUAUUUUGAACUUAUCAAAGAAUCUGUUGGAGAUUGAAAAUACACCGAGAAAUUGGAAUCUGUCAUCAGGCUGGUAAAGCAAUAGUCGGUGUGCGUAAGACCUAUAAGCAAGUGAUCACAUCUGGGCGCUGCGGAGAAAAUACACGCCUUCACGACCCAGUGCACAGUGGAUCCUUGGUAUCCUUGCAAUCACGAGCACCCAUAGUCUGGGCACCGCUCGCCAUGAUUGCAAUCGCGAGAACAGCCAAGAGACUAUAUUUGAACAUCAUAGCUGUUUGUCUAGAACAGGAUGAGAAAAGGCGAGUACACGAUAGGAAGGGGAUGAAAAAGGACAGGAAUGAAGACUACAGCCUAGGUGAGAAAAAAAGCUGCCGCUUGCAAGAUUUUGGAGCAGGCGGAUUAUAUAGCAGCAGGCGAAGUGGGUUUGCGUUUUUCGGUAAACCAGCUUGUUUUUAAUGACUAGCUUUUGCAAUCGAACGAUUGGAGGGCCGGUCCUGUUAGUUGGGUGGCAGAUGUGUGCUGUUAUUCGCAAGUAUCGUGAUUGAUAUUAAAUGGCAGCGAGGACAAGAUAUGGAAGAGGCUAGGCCAAAGGCAAUUGUAAAUGAGAAGAUUCCAGGAGGAAGCGGAA